AUGUUGGAGACCACCGACAUCCGCGGACCCAAGAGAGCCAUUCAGUACAAGCCGAGUGGAUAUGCCAAGCAUAUCGGCACAGGGGUCACGCCCAUGUUCCAGAUGAUCCGGUCAAUCUGCGAAGAUGAGUCGGACCCGACAAGAUUGAAUCUGCUAUAUGCCAAUAACACCAAGGCCGACAUCCUGCUCCGCGAGGAGCUCGACGGGUACAUGAAACAGUGCCCGAACAAGUUCCGCGUGCAUUACAUUUUGAUGAAGUCUCUUUUUUAUAUGAGCAAGUGA